AUGACCUACGUCCAGACCAUCACGUCCGGCGCAGACGCCGACGAGCAUGUGGACCAGAAUGCGGUGCUGGAGAAGGUACACGCGCACUUGGAAGCAGCGAACCAACUGAGCAGCGACAGAUCCAGCUCUCUUCCGCGGCUCAGCAAGAUGCACAGGAAAAAGUACAGUCUCGGCAUGACGGAUGCCAGUCUCCGUGACCAGGUUGAUCCGCACGAGAGCGUCUCUGACCCUCUGGAGCAGGAGCAGGAUCUGACCUACUUGACCACCUUGCUGCACAUGAUUACAAACCCUAUCCACGGCGUCGGGCUUGGCAACCACCGGCACCGGCUGAAAAACUACGGCGCCUGUCUGGUGGGCUCCGAAGUGGUGGACUGGAUGAUCUCGCAGCGGAAGGUGACGAGGCGUGCUCAGUCCGUGGCCAUCGGACAGCGUCUGGUUGACAUGAAACUGCUCGAAUGUGUCAGUCACAACACGACUGCUUUCCGAGACGACUACUGCCUGUAUCGGCCCUCGCCGGUAGCCAUGCGGCGUCCGGCACUUUCGGAGCCUGAGGAGCCCGACCUGGAGGAGCCCCACUGGCUCUCCCAGAUCGAGCUCAAGGAGAGCCACGGCGGUGGUGCAGCCACCGACGAGCCGGCCGGCGCGCCGCUGGCCCACUCUGGCUCCAUGUACGACAUCGAGCUAGAUGUGGGCAGCGUGGCGUCCAUCUCGCGGGCGCAGCUGCUCCGCCAGAUGACACCGCCGGAGCCCGCCGCCGCCGCGCAGGGUCUUCACGAGGCGGCCACUGAGUAUCUGGACUCGGCAGCGACCGAGGCUGACCCACGGCGCCAGCAGGCCGACAAACGACUCUCUGCCGCUUUCGAGGCUCUCGAGUCGAGUCUGCUGAGUCAGCUGCUUGAUUCGGCCGGCCUGCCUGCCAAGUGGUAUGAGCCGAUACUUGAUUUGUCCCGCCAGUUGAGCCGGCUUGUGAAACCCGAUGUUCGCCAUGAGUGCGAUGACCUCGACGUUCGUCAGUUUGUCAAAAUAAAGCGCAUUCCUGGCGGCAAGCCUGCUGAAUCACAGAUCGUACAGGGCGUCGUCUGUCGGAAGAACAUUGUGCAUAACGACAUGCCAUCCCAACUGACGAAUCCGCAGAUCCUGCUCAUCAGCUGUCCAGUGUCUUACCAGCGUUACCAGGAUCGAGCUGUCUCCUUGGAGCCGAUGAUGAUGCAGGAGCGGGAGGUGCUGCGCAACAUCACUGCGCAGCUGUUGUCACUAGCGCCCGACCUGAUCGUCGUCGAGAAGCACGUCGACAGCAUGGCGCGCGACAUGCUGCGCGAGGCCGGUGUCACACUCGUCACCAACAUGAAAAGACAGGUGCUGGCGCGGAUCGCGCGCUGCACCCCAGGCAGACGAGACGAGCGACUCCGCUCUCCGCGACGACCGGGCGAGAUGGUGACCGACUGCAGUGACCCGCUGCAGCGUCCGGCGCCAGCGCCGGUACCGGACACCAGCACGCCGGGGCUCAAGGUUGAGAUCCUGCCCGAUCGCAACAAGUUCCGAAAGUUGUUGGGCGACACGAUCGUGUGCUGCGCUGCUGGCCGACUUCAGAGCGCGCGGCGGCCGGUGCCCGCGGGUAGAGCCAGUCGAGCCCAAUCAGGUGGAACUGUCCAGGACCGGCUAGAGGACUGGGUGGUUCCCUGUGACGCGCUCAAUCCCAUCAACCACCAGAAGAUCGCCGUGCAGACGUACACCUACUCGAAGCUGCCGAGCGGCGUGUCGGUUGGCUGCUGUGACCCGCAUGUCAUGAUGGUCAUGUUCAAUGGCGACAGUGACACCACGCUGGGUACCUUCCUCGAGGCCGAAUGUUUCACACCAGCCUUCAAAUGCCUGAAGAAAGACUGUGUGGUGCCGCAGGAGGGACAUGUGCACCGCUUUCUCCAUGACAACAGCUGUGUGUCACUGCUCGUGUGGACCCUGCUCGAGCCGUGUCCCGACAAGCGCAUCUGGAUGUGGACGUGGUGCCGACAGUGUGAGCGCGGCUCGGCUGCCAGGCCCAUGACCGAAGACACGUGGACGUUAUCGUUCGGCAAGUUCCUGGAGACGUUCUUCCUGUGUGAACAGUACUCGUCGUUGGACGGCUGCUCGCACAGCCUAUUCCGGGAUCGCGCGCACUACUUCGCACUGCAGGACCGUGUCGCCGUCUUCAGUCACUCUCAGAUACAGCUGAACGACAUCGUGCUGCCGCAGCUGGACAUCACCGUUGAGCUGGGACCGCGAACCCAGCUCCGUCUGACCGAGGACCUGCAUGCACUCUCCGAGGGUGUGCAGCUCUUCAGUUCGAUCGUGGAGCGCUUGCUGUCUUUGCGUGCGGCGGCUGCCAGCGACGCCAAAGUGACUGAGGCGUUGCGGACCGCCCAGGAAGAGGUGGACGACGAGAAGCGGGCGUUCCGCACGCUGCUGACCGACAUCGAGACAAUGGUGGCGCCUCUGGUGGGGGAGGCCACUGACGGCGCGUGUCGUCUGGACGAGGACCGUGUGUUCGCCGCCUCCGACCGGGCCGUGCAGGCCAAACGGAUGAUGGCCGACACAGCGCACAAGUGGAAUACACGGCUGCAAGAGUUGGCUAAAGCAGUCAAAGCUAUUCCGCGACCGAAGGCGGAAGAAGUGACAGCGGAGGCAGAAAAGCCUCCGAAGAAACACUCUAACGAUGGGAAAGUGUUAGAGACCAGCACUUCCAGUCGGAAGAGCUCCAACGACCAAAAGUCCAGCUACGAUUCGAAGCAGAAGGAGGGCGCCGAUCCCGAGCCGGCGACCGAGGACGCGGCUGAUCUAUCGUCAGUCAGCAAAGUCAAGUCCAUCACUGUCGGCGGCAUCAAGGCGCUCAAGUCGCUGGCAUGGUCCAGUGGGGAGCUGGGAGAGCGGCUGACCUCUUCGCUCCCAGUCAAUGAGCACCAUCGGCUGCCGCCAACCGUGCCGCCGUCCUUCAUCUGCGGCGAAGACUUGGGCUCGAUCAUCGCCUACUGCAUGCUGACUCAGGAGUACAGCCGGCGACUGGCCGAGAUCCGGCAGCAGCUGGAGCGACCCGCCGACAGCGCCGAGGAGCCGGGCCCGGAGCGCAGCGGCCGCAUCUCCGAGUCGUCGACCGCCAACAGUGACGGUACUGGCGGCGCUGCUGAACGCGGCGAGCGCGGUGAAAAGUAUCUGGCCCAGUACCACAUCGACAUCAACAUGUCCGAGGACAACGCCAACUUCUACUGUCAGGUGCUGCUCGCCGAGCAUUUCCGCCGACUGCGCCAAGCUGUGUUCUCGGCCGGCGAGGAACGCUUCGUCCGCUGCCUCAUGCACUGUCAGCCGUGGAACGCCAAGGGAGGGAAGUCGGGAUCUACGUUCCACAAGUCUUGUGAUGAUCGCUUCGUCAUUAAGACCAUCUCCAAAGUCGAAAAGGAUCACUUUGUGCGCUUUGGCAUCCGCUACGUGGAAUACAUCUUGGACAGCCUGACGACCGGACGACCCUCUGUGCUCGCCAAAAUCCUGGGCGUGUUCCUGGUGGGUUACAAGAACAACGUCACUGGUCAGGCGAAGAAGUGUUACAUGGUCGUGAUGGAGAACCUUCUGUAUGGCCGGCAGAUCUCGCAGAAGUUCGACCUGAAGGGCUCUAUGCGAAACCGCCUGGCCGACACCAAGGACAAAUCCGAAGUGGUGCUGCUCGACCAGAACAUGGUGACACUGCUCAGCGAGAACCCGCUUUACGUGCGGCCGCACGCCAAGCGUGUGCUGAUGGAGGCCAUCUCGCGCGACACCUCCUUUCUGCAGACGUGCCAGGUGAUGGACUACUCGCUGCUGGUCGGUAUGGACGAGACGCAGCGCUGUCUGGUCGUCGGGAUCAUCGACUAUCUGCGCUCCUACACCUACGACAAGGCGGUGGAGACGUACAUCAAGUCGUACAACAUCCUGCUGGGCGAUGGGAACAACCGCCCCACCGUUCUGGAUCCGGUGCGAUACAAGACGCGAUUCGCCGUCAUGAUGAACAAGUACUUUACCGACGUUCCCGACCGAUGGCUGGGGUUCGCACAAGGUCUCGGCUUUCUCUGAUGGGCCUGCGCGGCUGAGCUUCCCCAUGGGAUUAGUUGGAGGGGCGCACUGAAGAGUGGCCGCUGGCGCUGUGGGAUGGCCGUUCUCCCCGACGAGACGGCGUGUUCCGCUCCGUCUUGCUGCCAAUGAGCGCUGCAGUCGUCUGAGGCGCGGCGAGGCGAGACCUUCCCUCCAUCAGCAGCGUUCUAGAUCCCAGAUUUCGUGCCGAGAUCGUCCGAGAGGACUGUCAGGCAUGGCAAUGUUGUAAUGCUGGCAAUGGUAUGCUGUACCGAACCGGACAACGCUGUAUGUGUGCCUAAGCUGUCCUUUGCGUGAGCUGUGAUUGAACGCUUGAGGUGUAGUGAGCGCAGUUGCCAGCAGCCCGGCGCCCGCUGUGAUAUCAGAAGCUUAUCGUUAUCGUUCAUUGCUGAUGUGCAUCAUGUUAUGGUUACCAUUAGGCUUGUAUUCACGUUGGGGAUGAGGGAAGGGUGACCAACUAUACUGCAUGAUCCAAUGGCUGGGUUUUGUAUAACGCUCUCUUCAUUAGUUUUGAGUUUGGGUGCAUUUUCGUAAAGCAUCUGUUUGGCCUUGUGUUUCAUGUUUGCAUUGUAUCUAGGAAAAUGUUGUGUUCUCAUGGCGAGCCGUCUAGUUGUUUAUUUGCUGUCAAUUGGCAUGUAAUGGUGCUACGUUUUGAGCUGUUAACCCUUGCAGUAUCAGUACGUUUAUGUAUCCAUAUCGUUAUAUCAUCUAUAUAUCGGGUGACAUGCAUGGCUAAGUAAUGUUGUUGAAAAUCUGUCGACAUUCCACAUGUUUGGUGCGGUCGUCGCGUUUCUCAGUAUUACAUUUAGUCAUUGUAUUAUGUUGUGUGGUCGGUUUCAUUGUACACGGUCUGAUUCACCUGGCCAGCCUCGCCCCUGAGACUGGAGGACGGCUGUUAUGUGAUAAAUGGAUGCAUACCGUCGGGGUAAGGGUGUAACCGUUUGGCAUUGUUUAUCGUAAUAAACCAUAUCGGUAUCUGUAAA